CAUAUCGUGCGCCCGGAUCAUCGUCCUCCUCCGUGCUCAAAAUCCGACACGACACGGCCAGGGUUCCGGGUAUUCCAAUUUCCUUCUCCGGUGGGUUUUUUUUUUCUUCAUCAUUUUCGCUGCUCGAUUUGGUACAGCGUGCGCCUGUGGCACACAUAUCUGUUGCUUGGCCACACCAGCGUGUGUUUGCUGCAGUUUGCUCACCUCAGCGUUGCUACACACAUCCCCUUUUUCCGCACGGGGAGCUUCUUGUGUGCAGGUCAGUAACAUCCAGUUCUUAGCCAUCAGCCAACAACAGCUCGCCAGCAAAUGGAAGGAUCACGCCUGGAAGGAAACGGAGCUUGAACAUUGCUGGUCGUGAAAUUGUGUGUGUGUGUGUGUGUGUGUGUGUGAGUGAGUGUGUUGUGCAACGGGAUCAUAAAACAUGCUCCACGCUUCGUGGCUACCCCAAAGCGCUUAGAACCAACAAACAGGCAGGCUGUGUGGCUCUGGGACGAGCGAAAAUAGGUCACAUUUUUGUGCCGUAGCCGUAUCAUCCACAGCGCAGCUUUCGAAGCUCCCGAAGUCGGUGCAGUGUUUUGGGAGGGAUACAUGAUCCUCAACCGUAAUAUAAUUAACACAGCAUUGUUGUGGUGCGUCUGUGGAGAGAGAAAAAGAAACGAGAAUAAUUGUGAAUUGUACGAGUGUGUGUGUGCGUGUUUGUGUGCGGUGCAUUGUGUAGGAAAGUUGUAUGCUCGGCGUGCAAUGCCGUUUGGCACGCAGUGAACGCGCAUUUCUGAACGCAAACGAACCAAUUUGACGCGUACCCCGGCGAAGAACAGCUUCGUGUACGGUGGCUUCUUGAGUGGGUGGCUGCUCUAUCAGUAUCCAGCGUAGAAUCGCGCUUGCACUGUGUUUUAUGCCGCCUCGCUCGGGCUGGUGGCUUUGUGUGUGGAAAACAUGAGCAGCAAUAGAUCGGCGCUGGUGCGGAGUCCGUGGCUCGAUCGUCAGUGCGAGCCCCAGUGUUGUCGCAUCGAGUGUAGCUCAGUCCCGUCCAGCACUAGCUGGGCGUAGAGGGAACGGGGCGGGAGCGAGGAGCCGUUGUUUUCCUCCGACUUUCCCUCCGGUGUGUGUGUGUGUGUGCUCGGAUCGUUGAACACUCGCGUGGCAACAGAUGUGCGACCGUGCGGCCCCGCGCCUGGUACCCUGAACGAAAAAGUGCCCUUUUGCUAGCCGGUCCCCGGGAUGGAGCUGGGCGGCGAGGUGUUUACGAUGGGGCUGGCCCUCAAGCUGCAGAAGGUGCCACCGGGCUCCGGGAUGGCCGAUUUCACCGAGCUCCGUCGGGAAAACUCCAACACUGCCACCUUCGCCAGCGACUGGGACAGCUAUCAGAGUCCGAAUGUAGCGGCAGGCAACGACACGGCCGGCCCGUUCGAGGAGUAUGAACUGUUCUACCGGCACUCCUACACGAUGACCGCCGUCUACUGUGUCGCGUACUUUAUCGUCUUCAUCGUCGGGCUGGUCGGGAACAGUUUCGUGAUCGCGGUCGUCUUUCGGGCACCGCGUAUGCGGACGGUUACGAACUUCUUCAUCGUGAACCUGGCGGUCGCGGACGUGCUGGUGAUAGUGUUCUGUCUGCCCGCAACCCUGAUGAGCAACAUCUUCGUGCCAUGGAUGCUCGGAUGGUUGAUGUGCAAAACGGUGCCGUACAUACAGGGAGUGUCCGUGGCAGCAUCCGUCUACAGCUUGAUAGCCGUUUCGCUGGAUCGCUUCCUUGCCAUCUGGUGGCCGCUGAAGCUGCAGAUCACGAAACGACGGGCCCGGUUUAUGAUCGUGUGCAUCUGGAUCAUUGCACUGAGCUCCACCGUGCCGUGGGCGCUGUUUUUCGACCUCGUGCCGAUCAUCCCGGAAGCGCCCGACAUCAAGCUGUGCGUCGAGGUGUGGCCACCCGGGACGGACGGGGCGCUCUACUUUCUGCUCGCGAAUCUUGUUGCCUGUUAUCUGCUGCCGAUGACGCUUAUCACCAUCUGUUAUAUACUGAUCUGGAUCAAGGUCUGGCGCCGCUCUAUACCGGGCGACUCGAAGGACGCCCAGAUGGACCGGAUGCAGCAAAAGUCCAAAAUCAAAGUUGUUAAAAUGCUUGUUGUAGUUGUUAUACUGUUCGUUCUUUCCUGGUUACCUCUGUACGUUAUCUUCGCCCGCAUCAAGCUGGGCGGGGCGCUCGAGAGCAGCGAGGAGGAGCUGCUACAGAUCGCCACCCCGAUCGCCCAGUGGCUCGGUGCGUCCAACUCCUGCAUCAAUCCCAUCCUGUACGCGUUCUUCAACAAGAAGUACCGCAAGGGCUUCGCGGCCAUCAUACGAUCGCGCAAGUGCUGCGGACGGCUGCGAUACUACGAAACGGUAGCGAUCGCUUCCUCCUCGACCAGCACGCGCAAGUCCUCGCACUACCACAACAGCCAGAAACGGGCCGGCGGCAGCCCCUCGGUCAAGUCGGCGGACGUGGUGUCGUACAUCUACGAGGAGAAGGGUGGCCGGAAGCACCACGCCAUCUCGAAGCAGAACAGCGACCUGUCGCGGCACAUGCUGCUCAAGCAGGACAGCAGCAUAUCGCGGCAGUCGCUGCUGCUGAAGCAGGAUAGCGUUGCCUCACGAUCGGCGAUCCUGUACCGGCAGGACAGUGACAAUUCGCGCCAGAUGCUGCUGAAGCAGGACAGCAACAGCUCGCGAGACAUGCUGUCCAAGCAGUGCUCGGCCUCGGACUCGAUAUCGCGCCAGGACUCGCAGAUCUCGUACAUCGAGCCGCCGCGCAAGGGCAUCCUGUGCAAGCAGGACACGCAGAUCUCGUACAUCGAGCACGGCGGCCCGGUCGGCACGCUGGUGAACGGGGGCGGCCCGCCCGCCCCCAGCAAGAAGUACUCCGCGUCGCUCUCCUCCCAGGACAGCGUGCUCUCGAUCAUCGAGCACAAGCGCCACAAGCUGGUGAAGCAGGACUCGAUCUUUUCCUUCAACGAGCCGAAAUCAGUGUACGAAAGUGCCACGCCGGCCCCGUUCAAGCGGCACCAGCUCGUGAAGCAGCACUCCGUCAUAUCGUUCGCGGAUCAGAAGCGGGGCGGCAGCCUGACCAAGCAGGACUCGGUCACCACCAUACACCGGGCGGGCAAUGGCGAAGGGCCCUACAUUUCCUCCAUCCUGAAGAAGACCGAUUCGCAGUGCAGCUCCGCGUCGCCGGUGCGCAAAAAUAUUGGAUUUUUCGAAGGUUAGGAAAUGCGACCGAGAGUGACACAGAGAGAGAGAGAGAAAGAGCGGGAGAGAGCAAGUAAGCAAAUCAUUUGAAUCAAAUCGAGAGAACUGAAAACUUUUAAAAAGUGUGUGAGCAGUAUUUGAUGUUUUACCACAAAGCAAGGGAGGAAAUGGACCCCAUUUUAGUGGAGAAGUAAUGAAGGUGGUUCGAGAACGUUUUGGCCCCACACAUCGUAUCCCUGACCUGAGCAAUCCCCUGACCUUGUUCCAUUUAUCCUUACUCCAGAGGUGGUUUUUUGAGAGGUACGUGAAGGUCUAAUAUGUGUCCAGUGUGAAUUGCUUUUUUUCGAUGAGCUUUUUUUACUACAUUACAACUUGUAUUCCUGCCAGAUUGCAUGUUCAAAUUAGGGAAAACCAUAUUUCAAACCCAAAGUAGCAGCAUUUCUCCCUUGUUUUCAUUUAAGAUAAAUUGAUGCUCUUUCGUAAUUCAUCAAGGGCUUUCCCCUUAAUUUUGUAUAAUUUAUACACUUACUUUAUUUAAUUUAAGUUAGCUGGGAUGCUUUAAUGAGUAGUUCCUUCUUUAACGACUUUUUAUAACAAUUUGAUCCAUUGUUAAAAAAUUGUUUUGAAAAUGGUGCUAAAAUUGCAAUUCGUUCUAAAGCUAACAAAAUGAUAGAUAGGGGAAGGUAGGCAAAGACGGACACUGCGGGUAAGAUGGACACUUAUCAUAAAUGCAUGCAAAAAGUAAUGUCGAAUACUUCAAUAAUGCAGCAGGCAAACUGAAAGUAAAACAACACAUUUGAGAACAUUUUUGACAUAAUAGCCGGCAUCGCGAAUAAAUGAA